AUGAUUAUAUUAAGAAAAGUAGGAGAUCAAGAUUUUGGUUAUUAAAAUGUAUAUUAAAUUCGAAAUGCAAAACUACAGGUGAAUUAUUAAGAGAAUUUAAUUUUUUUAUUUAUUAAUGGCAAAAUGGUUUACCCUCAUCAAUAAUAAGAAAUGCAAAUAGAAUUGGAUUAAAUCCGAUCCUGGAACCCAAACAAAAGAAAGUGGAUUUUUUUGAUAGUCUAGUAGAUGGUCUAUGGAUAGAAAUAUGAAUACAGUAUUAGAUAAUAAUAUGACAUUUUGCUUAGAUAAUUUAAAAAGAAUAAAACUUAGGUAAAAAUUAAGAAUGUUUUCUGA